UACGUUGGCCAGAGUUUAGAAACAACAACUGAACUUUGUUUCUUACUCUUAUUUGAAAACUGAGAUCAUCAAUUUCAUUUUGGAUAACAUCUAUCAAUCUAUUAAGCUGGUUCGAGAAUGGGUGUGUUGACACUGAUGGUGAUUCUCUUGGUGGCUGCAAUGUCACUCCAUGCUCGAGCCAUCGACAUUCAUGAGCUGAGAAAAGUUGCAGCUAAGGAGAAUCUAACAUGUGUGUUGGUGUUUGGAGACUCCAGCGUCGAUCCCGGCAACAAUAACCAUCUGGCACUGGCUCCCAAGAGCAAUUUCCAACCUUAUGGGAGGGAUUUCUUGAACGGUAGUCGCCCAAAUGGAAGGUUCACUGAUGGGAGACUUGCCACAGACUUCAUUGCUGAGGCAUUGGGUUAUACAAACAUAAUUCGACCCUAUCUGGACCCAUAUAUAAAGAAGGCAGAUCUGUUGCAUGGUGUUAGUUUUGCAUCAGCUGGUUCGGGAUAUGAUGAGUUCACCGCCAUUAACAUCUCGAAAGCGUUAUCUGUUUCCCAACAACUGAAGUAUUUCAUGAAGUACAAGCUGCGGUUGAAACAAUUGAUGGGUGAGAAGAAGGUAGAAAAAUUCAUUGGAAAUGCCAUAUUUAUUAUAAGUAUGGGAACCAAUGAUUUUCUGCAAAAUUAUUACAUCGACCCUUUUCGCUCCACUCAAUUCACCAUCGAACAGUACCAGAAUUACUUGAUCUCUUGCAUGUUUCGUUACGUCAAGGCAAUGCAUACACUUGGAGCAAGGAGAUUGGCAAUUGUGGGGGUGCCACCUUUCGGGUGCAUGCCACUUGUCAAGACACUAAAGGACGAGAUUAAAUGUGACGAUGACUACAACCAAGUGGCCCUCUCCUUCAAUUCUAAGAUCCAAGCAAAUUUGGAAACCAUAAAGGCUACAUUAGGCAUUAAAAAUGCCUAUAUAGAUAUAUACCACAUCAUUGAGAGGGCAAUACAGAACCCCAAGAAAUAUGGUAUUGUAGACACAACAAAGGGGUGUUGUGGGUCAGGAACAUAUGAAUAUGGGGAUACAUGCAAGGGUUUGAGUACAUGUGCUGAUCCUACUAAAUAUGUAUUCUGGGAUGCAGUUCAUUUAACUGGUAAAAUGUAUAAAAUCAUUGCUGAUGAGGCUUUGGAUGAAGUCAGUGAGAAUGUUUUAAAUUGAGUAUUAUUUGUUCGACAAUAUCACCCUCGAUGCCUUUGUGUAUGUGCUUGUGAAAAUGUUUGAAUCAGUGGUGAUCAGAGGCAUUGCAAAAUUAUUUUUAUUAUCCACUUUAUGGAAAUUUUAUGUUCGACUCUUUUGAGAGCAUUUCACCACAUGGAUUUAUUGGAUUGAGAAUCAAAACUUUUUCUUUCA